AUGGCCCCCAAGGGCACGGGCAGGGACGCCGACAAGGUCCAUCGCAUCGACCGCACCGCCGAGUACGACGACUUCAUCAAGAAGCUCGCCGCCUUCCACGAGAACCGCGGCACCAGCUUCGAGCCCGAGCCGCGCCUGCCCGUCACCGGCGGCCACGUCAACGUCGACCUGCUGAAGCUGUACCGCGCCGUCAUCGAGCGCGGCGGCUACGAUGAGCUGUGCAGCAAGCAGAAGGCCUGGGGCCAGCUGGCCACCGAGCUGGGCAUGUUCGCCGACGACAACAAGAGCAUGGGCCAGCUGUCCUUCCAGCUGAAGCAGGACUUCUACCGCUACCUCGGCGCCUACUGGAUCCACGACCAGUACAAGAAGGAGCCCCCGCCCAAGGAGAUCCUCGAGUCGCAGUCGUGCGCCACCAAGUUCGGUCCUAUCCUGACCCGCACUCUCGAGAGCUUCGAGCUGGCCACGGGGAAGCGCCCCGGCAGCGAGACCCCCGUCAAGGAGGACCGCCCGGCCGAGAGCACCCCCAUCUCGGGCAACCGAGCCUCCGGCCGCCUGCGCGAGGCUCCCGCCCAGAGGAUCCCCUUCCAGCCAGAGACGGGGCCGAGCCGCGCCACACGUCACAGCUCUUCGCAGCACAGCGUCAGCCAGCCUCAUGGCUCCCAUAACUCCCACACGCCCACCGGCCAGCACGGCCAGCACCACCACGGCUCUCAGCGCCACGACCCGCUCCACAUUGUCCAAGCGCAACAGGCUGCGCUACGGGGCGCGUCGAGCGCCUACACCCCGCCCAAUUCCGACCUUGCGUCCAGGCUGAGCGAGGCCAUCGAGCCUCGUGGGCCAAUGACUGUCGCCCUGCGACCCGUCAACACACCUGGAAACAACCCGGUCGAGUUUGCCAAGCGUCAGCGUCAACUCCGUCUAGCUGCCGCCGGUAUACCCGAAAUCGUCCCUGGCAGGCCUGCUGUGCCUGGAACUGGAUCGGAUGGACCUAACAUUUACACCCGAUGUCUCCAAUCGCUGCGCUCGGGCAUCCAAGCCGAGCAGGCCUUUGCACUGCAUCACCUUGUCAAGAUCUCGUUUGAGCGUGGCGACAAGUUCAAGUUCGAGUCAUUUCUUGGCUUAGCCGAGGGUUUGAUCGAAAAAGGCCUCGAGAUCGCCAGCUUGUUCUACCAUGUAGACUGGCAGAUCGACUACGCUGGCACUGAUGACACAACGGACAAUGCCGUUCUCGAUGGUGUGAACGGCAUGGACGACAUUCUCGACAGAAUACAGAAGCUGGAUUCUAAGCCUGUGCUCGACUACUUGCAGACCGCCGAGUUUUUGGACCGCUUUACUCGCAUCACCGAAUCUGUACUCACAAUUCGCAACAUGGUCAUGCUACAAGAGAACGCCAUCUACAUGGCCGAGGUUUACCCUCUCAAGGAUCUCCUAUGCAUCAUCCUCCAUCUGCCCAGCCUUGAGAUGCUCGUCGAGAUCAAGCAUUUCGCCCUCGACAUUGCUGAGCAACUGACCCCUUGGCUGGUUUUGAAAUCAGAGGAUCCACUGUACCAAUCACUUUUGGGCCAACUGGGCUCGACCGACCGCGGUACCAUUCUUACGGCCUUACGCGCCAUCAGUCGCAUCUCCAUGAACCUGGACGCAACGAACAAGCUACAGAAGGUUCCGGUCUUGGUUCUGCAAAACAUCAUGAAUUGGCUGCUCCUGAAUGAUGAAGAGUUGAUGGACGCUUGUCUCGACUUCCUCUAUCAAUACACGGCCGUCGUGCCAAACGUCGAGUCCCUACUCAGAUCCGUUGACAUGGAGCGGGCCAUUCCCCACUUGGUCCGGCUCCUCGCUCACGGGGCGAAAAGGGUGAAGGAGGAUUUGAUCCUCGAGGCAGAACGGAAGCUGAAUGCAUCGGAAUCCGUGGCAGCGCUUCCGCUGGACCUACAAGAGAAGCUCGGGGGCACCGACGAGCCGCAGCGGUGUUUCCACUGGCUGCAAAGCCUCUUUGAGGAAGACAGCGAGUCUCACAUCACACAGAUUGCCAUCUGGCAAGCGUAUCAGGCCUCGUUCGGCGGGCAGAGCCGCAACACGCUAAGCGCUGCCGACUUCAUCCGCAAUGUGAGCCACGUUUUUACGAACGCCCGGGCCCAGAUCAUCAGAGGCCCAGGCGAGGCACAGCGAUUUAUAAUAGAGGGCAUUCGUGCGCGCACGCUGCCUCUUGAUUAUGAGACCAAGGAGGAAUACGCAAUCUGCCAGUGGACCAUUGGUGAGGCGCCGUCGGCCAAGAAAUGCGGUAGCUUCUUUCCCGGAGGCGAGAAGCUCUGGCACCAUAUUCUUACAGCGCAUCUGGAUCAGAGCAUCGGCGAAGACGGCAAGUUUGAGAACAAGGAUCUCGAAGCGUCGUGUCGGUGGGCAGACUGCAGGAAAUAUCCCACAGCAACCAGGACCAAACUUGCCGAGCUCACGCGCCACCUGAAGACCCACGUCAACUCGUCCAACAAGCGCGGCCUGACUGACGGUAUCGAGGUGUCUGCCAAACGACAGAAGAGGUCCUACAUAGUCCCAGCCAAGACUAUGUCGGUGACGUGGGAACAGACGCUGAUCACUCGCGAUGAGCGAAACCCUCAGAUCAUCCGAGCCGCCGGUAUUCCCUUGAGUGCUGUCCUGGUGCUUCGCAACAUCGCACGCAAUGUCGUCAAGACGGAGUCGCAAGAGUUGCUGCUGAAGCGUGAGGAGGCUGGUGGUGAGACGGGUGGUUGGAACGAGAAGCUUUUCCGGCCCGUCAUGACUCGGCUUUUCGAGGUCAUGACGGAGAAUACCGCGAUGUCUGACUACAUCGCUUCGCUCCUCCAGCUUGUUCAGCAAGAUAUUUAA